AUGAAGGUCCCUGAAGGUAUCUUUUUGCCUGCAAAUAGACCGUACUGGCCAUUUGCUGGGUGUGCAGAGUCUUGGAUUCUGCGAAUGGCCACCUUGCAGAUAACAGAUGUUGGAUGGCCAGUUGGAUGGUCGUUGUCGCAUUGUAACAAGAUACUAGCCAGUUUCUCCAAAGCAAGUCUGUUUGAUUACAUAUCAGAAGGACACCCUAGGAACACGAGCUGGCUGGAGGUAGAGGUCGCGGUGAGAGGAUGUCAGGAUGAUCGAGGAAAGAGGCGCGGCGCAUGGACGGUGACCGUGGGAAGAGUUCUAUCCAUCAAGCAAUCGGCUCGCAAACGAGUUUCUGCUUUGCAAAGUGUGCGGACACCAACUCAAGUGUCCAUCGACUAUCGUUUUCUCUUUGGUCUGGCGCUGGAAUCUAUGGGGCGCUCAACAACAAAAUCGGUCGCCCGGGUGUACGCUGAUGUCAACGCUCGCUUAGGGCCUUCAUGGCAUGAAUACGACAACCUCCAAGUUCAAUGGGGAUCCCAGGAUCAUUAUGAAAUCGUGCGGAAAGUGGGAAGGGGAAAGUACUCAGAGGUUUUCGAAGGAAUCAAUGUUGUAACAGAAGAGAAAUGUAUUAUUAAAGUCCUCAAGCCUGUCAAGAAGAAGAAAAUCAAGCGAGAAAUCAAGAUCCUUCAAAACUUGGCCGGAGGUCCCAAUAUCGUCGCUUUGCUCGAUGUCGUCCGCGACCCUGCAUCCAAGAUCCCCAGCCUGAUAACAGAAUACGUGCACAACGUCGAGUUCAAGCAAUUAUACCCCCGAUUCACCGACAUGGACGUUCGCUACUACAUGUUUGAACUCCUUAAGGCUCUGGACUUCUGUCACUCCAAAGGAAUCAUGCACCGCGACGUUAAGCCGCACAACGUGAUGAUUGAUCAUGAGCACCGUAAAUUGCGCUUGAUCGACUGGGGUCUGGCUGAAUUCUACCAUCCAAAGACGGAAUACAACGUUCGCGUGGCCUCUCGCUACUUCAAGGGACCUGAGCUCUUGGUCGACUUCCAAGAGUACGACUACAGCCUGGAUAUGUGGAGCUAUGGUUGCAUGUUCGCCUCGAUGAUCUUCCGCAAGGAACCCUUCUUCCACGGACACGACAACUAUGACCAACUGGUUAAAAUCACCAAAGUCCUUGGUACAGACGACCUCUACGCCUAUAUCGAGAAGUACAACAUCCGCCUUGACUCUCAAUACGACGAGAUUCUCGGAAGGUAUCCUCGCAAGCCCUGGACCCGCUUCAUCACCUCGGAAAACCAGAGAUACAUCUCCAACGAGGCCAUCGAUUUCCUUGACAAGCUCCUCCGUUACGACCACCAAGACCGUCUCACUGCUCGUGAGGCCCAGAUGCAGCCCUACUUUGACCCGAUCCGAAAUGCCGCCACCAACAAUGCUCACGCGGGUGAAAGCGAUGAUGCAUCAUCUGGGUGAUACAUACCAGCGACAUUGUAUUUUUCUCUUCUUCAUGACUGUACGUUUGGCGAUGUGUAUAGAAUCACUUUCUUUAUUUACCC